CUACACUGUAGGUUAUGUUAAGAGGGAACUCUUAAUCAAACUUUUAAGUGUCCAAUAAUUUUCCAACAAAUAUUUGAAGCUUUUAAACUGAAAAGUGUGCAAUACAAUUAUUCAAGGAACAAGGAACAUCAAUGAGUUCUAUAUUUUACGUUGUGCCUAUUGUUACACUAGCGACUUUGUGGCUAUACUUUUUGACAUGUAUUUCUCCUGAAGUGUCAAAUAUUUCCGGUAAGCUGAGUUUCCCUACUAGUCUCCUUGAACUGAAGGACCUGGCAACUUUAUUAGGUUCCUACUACAAACAAAAUAGUUUUUAUGUGUUUGUGCUAUUCUGUAGCGCAUACUUGUACAAACAAGCAUUCAUCAUUCCUGGAUCUGUUUUUAUGAAUGUUUUGGCGGGAGCGUUGUUCGGAGUUUUGAAGGGGUUCCCACUGUGUUGUCUACUUACUGCCUCAGGAGCCACUGCUUGUUAUCUCAUGUCUCGAGCUUUCGGAUCUUCAGUGCUCCAGCAGUACUUUCCCUCACAGAUCAAGUUUCUCAAAGAAAAGGUAAACCGCAAUUCAGACAGGUUAGUUUACUACCUCCUGUUUCUGAGGCUGUUUCCAAUGUCGCCCAACUGGCUCAUCAAUCUUCUCUCCCCCAUUGUAGGAGUUCCUCUUCACGUCUUCUUCUUUACUGUUCUUAUUGGUCUGAUGCCGUACAAUUUCCUGUGCGUGCAAGCCGGUGGAAUGUUGGCAACCCUGAGGUCAAUGGAUGACGUGCUGAGCUUCACCACACUUCUACAGUUGGCAGCAAUGGCUGCCGUGGCUCUCGGACCGAGUUUCAUCCUAAAGAGGAAACAAUCUUUCAGAGACUCAUUUGACACGUCAGAAAACUCUGAGAAGAAAACACUUUAGUGAUAUGUGACGCCGUGACGGUUAAUAACAUGAUUUUCACUGUGACAUUCCACGAUUUUAAAUAUUUUAAUAUUUUUCACACUGGACUGAUUUAAUCUUGGAGAGUUUUGUGAUGUGUGAUUUGUUAUGUGUACCACCUUGUUACCUGUUUGUGAUAGUUUUUUUCAAGUACAACUUUUUCUAACAAAGUA